AAUUUUCGACGCAGUGUUCCUGGUAAUUUUGUAAUUUCAUGUUCAUAACCGAAAUUAUUUAAAACAUUUCUGGUUUUUUUUCGGUUUUUAUUUCUAUUAUACUUUACAAUAAUCAAAUCAAUUGUAUUAAUUAGUUUUUAGAAAGUAAAGUGAUUGAUUUGACUGUUGUAGUGAAACAAAUUUCAAACGUUCCAGUCUGAAGUGUGAGCGCUAGCUCGAUAUAACUGUCAAUCUGGGUGUAGAAAUUUAUUUUGUAAUUUUCACCGGUUCUUAUGUGUAAUUUCCGAAUGUGUUAGACUAUUUUUAAUUAAACCUCGAUUGCGAAAUAAUGUUCUAUAGUGUAUGUGGUGUCUAAACCUGUGCAAAAAUGGAUGACGGUACUGUGAAGAUUCAGUCUGGAAUUAACAUCAACAUAAAAAGAACAGAUGGCCGGAUUCACUCGGCCAUCGUGUCGGGGGUCAACCAGGAAACGAGGUCCGUCACGGUGGAGUGGUACGAACGCGGCGAGACGAAGGGCAAAGAGGUGGAGAUCGACGCCAUUAUCGCCCUCAACCCCGAGCUCGCCAUCGGACCCCGUCACCACACGCCGCAUCUGCAGCCCAUGCCCAACAAACUCGCUAGGGACCCCUCGGGCUCGUCGUCGGACGACGGCGGCUUCCUGCGCGAGGGCGCGGAGGGCGAGGGCGCCGGCGACUCCGGACAUACGCUGCCCGUGCGCAACUCACGAUCGGAUAUGACGCGACAAUCCAUUCCUGUGGCGACGAAAGCGCCAUCUCGCGUCACCCGCAACAAUCAGAUGCGGUUGUCGAACGCAGGCGGCGCGUACACCAAUGGCCAUGGCGGGGACACGACGGGGCGGCGGGGGACGGAGAACGUACCACCACCGCAGCAGCCGCCGCAGCAACCGCCGCCGAACUCCAGGGUCACACAACAGUUCAACCCGCCAGCGACGGUUGGCGGCGUGAACGCGCGCGGCGCGGCGGCCGUUUCGAGUACUGUGUCGGUGCCUCAUGCAGUCGCCUCGGGCGCCGUGCGCCGCUCCAACGUCGUCAAGGAGGUCGAGCGGCUCAAGGAGAACCGCGAGAAGCGGCGCCAGCGGCAGGCCGAGCUCAAGGAGGAGAAGGAAGCACUUAUGAACAUGGACCCUGGCAACCCUAACUGGGAGUUCCUAGCAAUGAUCCGCGAGUACCAGAGCAGCAUCGAGUUCCGGCCGCUGACCGGCAACGAGCCAGUAGAAGACCAUCAAAUAACCGUAUGCGUGCGGAAGAGGCCGCUCAACAAGAAGGAAAUAACCAAGAAGGAGGUGGACGUCAUCAGCGUGCCGACGAGGGACCAGAUGAUCGUGCACGAACCCAAGAACAAGGUGGACCUAACCAAAUAUCUGGAGAAUCAGAAGUUUCGCUUCGACUAUGCCUUUGAUGACUCUUGCACCAAUGAAGUUGUUUAUAAGUACACGGCCAAGCCGCUGGUGCAGACGAUAUUCGAGGGCGGCAUGGCGACAUGUUUCGCGUACGGGCAGACGGGCUCGGGGAAAACGCACACCAUGGGUGGAGAUUUCCAGGGUAAGACCCAAGAUUGCAAGAAGGGCAUAUAUGCGAUGGCGGCACGAGAUGUGUUCGCGUACCUCAAGUCACCCAAAUACAAGCCGCUCAACCUCAUCGUCUCAGCAUCAUUCUUCGAGAUAUACUCCGGAAAGGUGUUUGAUCUACUAGCAGAUAAGGCGAAACUGCGCGUUCUAGAGGACGGCAAACAGCAAGUUCAAAUCGUAGGACUCACGGAGAAGGUGGUUGACAACGUUGACGAAGUUCUCAAGCUUAUACACCACGGAAACGCAGCUAGGACUUCCGGACAGACGUCUGCGAACUCGAACUCGUCGCGGUCGCACGCGGUGUUCCAGAUCAUCGUGCGGUCGCCGGGCAUGCACCGCGUGCACGGCAAGUUCUCGCUCAUCGACCUCGCGGGCAACGAGCGCGGCGCCGACACCUCCUCCGCCAACCGCCAGACGAGAAUGGAGAGCGCGGAGAUCAACAAGUCUCUGCUGGCGCUAAAGGAGUGCAUCCGCGCGCUGGGCAUGAAGGGCAACAAUCACCUGCCGUUCCGCGUGUCGAAGCUGACGCAGGUGCUGCGCGACAGCUUCAUCGGCGACAAGUCGCGCACCUGCAUGAUCGCCAUGAUCUCGCCCGCCAUGUCCUCCUGCGAGCACUCGCUCAACACGCUGCGCUACGCCGACAGGGUGAAGGAGCUGGGCACGAGCGAGGGCCGCGCGCGCUGCGAGUCGCCGGCGGAGGCGGCCGACGUCGCCGACGUCGACAUGGAGCCCGCGCCGCGCCACCGCGACCACCUCGCGCAGCUGCGCUCGCUCAACGAGGGUGACAUGUCAGCGGAGAUGUACACGUUCCACGAGGCGAUCGACGAACUGCAGCGCGCCGAGGAGGAAGUGCUGGACAACCACAAGGCCAUCUCCGACUACCUGCAGCACGCGCUGCAGCGCUGCAACCAGCUGCUCUGCAUCACCAGGGACGUCGACUACGACCAGGACGCUUACGCAACGCAGUGGGAGGAGCUACUUAACGAGCAGUUGGCAGUACUGGCCCAGUCGAGGGACCUCGUCGCCGAGUUCAGAGCUAAGAUGCAACAGGAGGAACACAUCUCGCGCCGCAUACAGCCGCCGCGACAUCACUAGCCGCCCACUGACCGGCACACACACGGCUGCCCAUUCACGUACAGAAAGCGUUUGGCUCUACGGACUAGUAUCCAGGGCCGUAAAACACUUUAAAAAAAAAAACAGAGCGUGCGUGCCGCCAUGUAGCGUUGGUGUUUGCGAAACGAUUGGACCUUUGUAAGUAGGUGAUAUUAUUUAAAUUAAUUUGCAAAUAUUUUGAGUCGCGAAUACAGGGGUUUUAUGUUCAGUUUUGGCUAUAAAUAUGUACAGAUAAAAUAGUGUAUGUGAUCUGUAAUACUUUCGGAGGCGAAGGAAAUGCGUUUUCGGUUCUCCUAAUUUAGAAUCUCGCUAGUUUGGGUUAUUUGUAAAGUGAUCUCUAAAUCAUGACAAUUAGGAUGGUAUUUUGUAUGUACGCAUCGACGCUACGUGCGCGCACGCAUCUGCGGACUCGGCUGACAAUAUGGCGGCGGAAUGUCAGGUCACAACUUGAAAGUAAAUCAUUGUUUAUUGUGUGUAAAAACUACAUAAUCAGUAUUGAAAUUUAAAUGUUCAUAUUUUAAUUGUGGAGUGAAAGUGUCGUAGCUGGCCUACUCUUGAAUAUACCUUUCAAUAAAUAUGAAUUACUCUGGAAUUAUUUGGAUCGUUCCCCCAAGUUGUGACAGCGGUUUUUUUUUGUUACGAGAAAAUAUUUUGCUACAUGUAAAGCUUAGUAUAACAAUUGACAUUAUUGGUGUAACGUGUGCCGUCGUGUUAUUACGAAACGAUAGACUGUUUAUUGUAGUGUGUGUUGAAAGCACAAAGUCCCGUUGUUUUUUUUUUUUACAUCGAAACGGGCGUACGAAUACGUGCCGUAGGUGAUUACUAAUUGUCCUUUGUUAAUUUACAAUUACUACGACAAAUAGUAGGCGCCUACUUAAUCUCGUGUAAAUUGUAGAAACGCAGUGAGGUGCGAUUAUUUUUUAAUUUAUAUAGUUUUUUUUUUCUUUCGUCAUUAACAUUGUGAACCUAUUUCUCGAUGCAUUUAACGUUUGCUGAAGGCCUACUUAUAAAUUGUAGAUAUUUUGUAUUGAACGGGAGAUUUGCAAGUACAAAAUGAUGGUGACCUCGUUCCCAAGUGAUGUUAUGACUUUAUUUUGCAUUACGGUUUAGGCAUUCGUAAAAGAGAAAUACUCGUAACGUUGUGAGGAUAUUGUUUGUCGGUUGAAUAUUUGGUAAUAAAUGUACGCUGGCCCAUUCCGCGGUGUACGGCGGUGCUUCUGAAGCGAGUCGACAUCCGCGCGGAACGUUCCGAGCGUUAGAUUUUAGCAUUUGUUGUAUAACAUAUCUUUUGCCUUAUAAAUCGCUUGUUAUUACUGUUAUUAGACGUUGCUUACAUAUUACCACAGAUAGAACAUCAAAUCUGUUGACAGCUGUCAACAGUAUUGGCGGCAAAAUCAUGAUUUGUCUAUGGCCCUUUUCUGUAUCUAAAGUUUUGUGAUAUUUUCCACCUACUAUAUUGUAUAAGGGUCAUAAAUGGAGGAACAAACAUCGUUAUCUUGCCAAUAAUAAUCCUUCAGGGUUUGGAAUUAUUUAGACAAGCGUCCUGCCCAUCUUUUUUAUUUCUCUACAAUUAGACAAGGAUGGAUGAUUACCAAUUUACUUUCGUCACUAACGGUACUCUAUCUGCUGAUGUAAAAUUAAAAAGUAUUUGCGAGAGAUUAAAUUCAUUCCAUGGUUGAGAUUAGAAUUGAUAUAAGUUUCGAAUCAGUUUGUAUUAGUGUACAGUUAGUUAAAAUGUUGGACUGGUCUACAUGUCUAGGACUGGCCCAUUUUUUUUUUCGAUAUUUGCUGAUUUUAAUUUAGCGGCGUUGCAGUUUGUCCUCAGCGUGGUUUCAAGCAUUGGCAUGUAAGAUUACGAUUGGUUUCAACAAAGCGUUAUGAUGUUAUAUGAUACGUAAUUAAUAUUGUUUCUAACAUUUCGCCAUGUCUCUAACAACUAAUAUACAUAUAAAAUUUUGCAUGAUUAUGAUCAUAGUCUACUUGACACAAUUUGUUACGGCCAAGAAACUUAAAUCAGUUUUAGAUUGCAUCGUAAAUACAAGAUUGAUGAUAAUAAAUUUGGCUUUGAAAGACUUUGAAUGAAAGAUGUGAUUUAGACAAGAGGCAAACGAAUCUAUUUGUAGAUGUCAUAACCUUCAAGAAAGCAUAUUCCUUUUUAAAAGGCCGGCAGCACACCUGCAAUGCCUCUGGUGUUGCGGGUGAUCACGGGUGGCGGUUGUCACUUACCAUCAGGUGAGCCGCUUACUCGUUUGCCCCCUGUGUUAUUAAAAAAAAAAAAAGAUAUGUUUAUGUUACCCCACGUAAGGGUAACAUCUUAUUUUUUUCUCAUGGUGCAAGGUACUAUAUUUCAAUGUAUGUACAAAUAGAUUAAUAUGCCAUUUGUUGAGAGAGUCACGAUAGCUCGCUGUUUAGCGUCUCUUUCUUUCGCCUAUUCCUGUGUAAUGUCUCUACUGUGGUUGCCAGUCGUGUAAGCGAGAUAGAAGAUAUACGAAAUAUACUGCUACUUCAUAUUUAUUGGCGUCAAUUAUGCAUUCACGAAGGGGUCUUAAUUUGAUUAGAAAGUGUCAUACUCGGUCACGGCUGUGCGUGCCACUGUUGUGCUGACGUUUUGUCAUGUAAUGGCCAUGCGUAUGUCAUGUGACGACAUAUUGAUUGGAUUUUUUAGCUUACAAUGGCUGUGUAGUAACAACGUUCGAUUGAGGGAAAAUAUGGAUGCUAGCUUAGACUUUUAAUCAUGAGCCGCUGAGAUAAAUUUCUAUACGUUUAUUUGUCUCGUAAAUAGUAAUAAAUAAUUUAUUUUUAUUCUUUAUCAUGUCAUAAAAACUUUUCAUCUCAUCAAAAAAUCGUAAAACGUGAUCAUUUUUUUUUAUUAAAAAGAUAAAAAAAAACGUAAAACUACUUAAAAGACUUUAAAUGUUAGUGCCCGGUACUGUUCUAACACAUGUUUUGUUUAAUGUAACUUUUUAAAUGUAAUAAUUUUUUAAGGUGAUUUAAAAUGAGUUACAAUUAUAGAUCUUAUAAUUUUAGAUGGAGCGUCCACUGUAGAAAGGUGUCAAAAAUAUAAUUUUAUAUGAAGCGUUCAGUGUAGAAAGGUCCAAAAAAAAAAAAACGCUUAGACAAUUGUUGGCCGACUCGAAUUUUUUUACCAAAAUGCGCUGUAAAGUAGUGAUUGUGAAAUUGUGCUGUUCCUAUUUAUUACAGAUACUGACGAAUGCUAUGUGUGAUCUGUGACACAAAUUCCAUUUACACAGGAAUGAAAAAUUGGGUCUCUUUUUGGCGAAGCAAUUGUAGAGGGACACUCCAUCUAUAUAUUAUUAAUGUAUUACAAUGUACAAUAAGAUAUCUCAGCUGUAAACUUAACAUAUGUAAAUUAUAUUUCGGUGCUUGGUUGUUGAUGUUACUGUUCUGACAAUGUUACAAUAGCUUGGACGUUAUUAUGACUCAUUUUAAAUAAUCUUUAAAAUUAUAACUGUAAAAAAAAGCGUUGUCAUUCAAAAUGUUUGUAUGUGACUUAAUAAAGAGUUUACAAUUUGUACAAUAUAAUAAAGUUUUAUAUUUGAACACCAGGAGUUUUUGGUUCUCGCGUGGUGCUAACAGUAAGAAACCUCGCCUGAUUAUUGACCUAUCUACGAUACCACGAAGCCUAUAUGCAAUCAAAUAGUUUUGUUAAAUUAUUUAGAUUUAAUAACAAAACUAUUUUAUUUCACGCCUUCUAGAAACCUUCAUUGUCACAGUGAGCCAGUGGCGGACUGAGGGGCGGAAUGGGCGGCCCUCUCCGGACCACUGGUCCUGGGGGGGCGGGCUCCAAAACGACUCCAUUUUCUAUGUAUGUUCAUUUAUAUCUAAUUUUAUAUCCACUUCCAAGAUUUUAACUAAAUGAACAUAAAUACUUAUAUAAUAUAUGUGAGUUUAUAUUAUUACAUCAACUUCUUAAACAGGGGGCUUCAUUUAGCUUUGCCGCCCCUGGCCUUUGGUGGGCUUAGUCCGUCCCUGCAGUGAUCAGAAGCGAAGUUUUGUCGUAGUCAAUGGAGGUUUGAUGAAAAAUACUCUGGUUUCUAUAGGUCAUUACGCCUAUUCAGAUCCCGAGCCUGUCGCUGUAUUUAGACUUAUUUUAUGGUAACUAUGUAUACUAUAGCUUAUGGAGAUAUUAGGUAGUGCUUACUAAUAAAUAUUGAAUCGGUACUCUGCAUCAGAGUCACUGUCUGCGCCGGUGUUUGAUUGUACUGAACGAAAUAUAUGUUAAACAUUAACGCCAUAUAUUGUAUGUUUACUUUCCAAAUGCCACAUGCCAACCGUUCGAUCCCAAUUUUUGACAUCACGGGAUUUUGGUUAACAAAAUAAUUUGUCAGUAACGAAUAUCAGUGUUUUUUUUUAUGUUUAUCGCGUUAUCUGUUUGAACUUAACGUGACGUCAUUACAGGUAAUACUAAUCUAGUUUGUCUACGUUAACAUGGCACGUCCUUCCAACUUUUUACUUCAAUAUGUGUAACCUUAUACGAGGUGGUGCUCUGUAUGUAUUCGUGAGAUAAUAUCUUUAAUAGCGGUCCAGCAAGAGGAAUAUAUUCCUCGGUCGAAACCCUUGUAAUAUUUUAAUGUAAUAUUUACAAUUUUUUUUUUUUUGGAUUUUGGGGCGUUCUAUGUUAACGUAACGUAAUAAUAAAUGUUAUAUUAGGCUGUGAGAGUACUAAAUUAAAAAUAGCUAUGAAAUGAUUUUUUUUUAUGUAUAGUAGACCGCCAUUUCAAAGAUCGGCGGUUAUUUUCCAAAAUUACUUUGUAUUUGUAAAAACAGUGCGACUGUUUUUUUUUUUUUUUUUUUUUACUGUAAGAAGUGAGAAUAUCGAAAAUGGGCUAAUGUUAGCAAAAACUUUACAGAAAUAUUUCUUUGAGAUAUUUCUAUGUAUUAGUUGAAGAUAUGUGUAUUAUAUUUAUUUUCUAUUUUGUACAAGCAUUAAUAAUCACUCUGAUAAAAUGUAUAAAGAAUCUAUCUAAUUUCUUGACAAAUUAUUUUGUUGACGACUUAACUAACCUCUCACAAGAAUGGUAAACGAAUAUUGGUAGCUACUCUAUUUCGUAUGUAUGAGAAAGAAUAAGACACCGAAUAUUGCUGUCUCGUUUAAUCUCAUGUAUGUGGUAGCGAAAACGUAUCGGUAGAUUCGUUUGCCAUUUGUCUGUAGGUGGUGUUAUCGACAAUGAGCGGUUUAAACACGAUUAUUUACAAUUAAUAUUUUCUGUUUGUUACAUUAUGGCCGAGGGUUUCAGGACAUUCAAUCGUGGCGGUUGUAAGGUAAACGUUUGUAAGAUAAUCAAUAUUGUAUUAAAUAUUAUAUUUUUUUUGCCCUGAUUAAAAUGAAUUCGGCCCUGUAUAGUGGUUUUGUGUUAAAAUGACAAGUGUCGGAGGCGAGGUGCGGCGGGCGCGGUCGCCCUAGUUGUCUAGUUGAAAUGCUUUAUUAUAAACAUAUUUUAACAUCGCACAUAAUAAAUUAAUCAAAAUUG